AUGCGGAGAGCAACGUCCUCCAUCCUCCGGGGCAGUCUCAGGCGACAGCGGCUCUUUCACAAUUCUGCAAAGGACAAUGCCAACCCAACCGUACAGAUCACUACUCUUCCCAAUAAAAUUCGCGUAGCUACGGAGUCGACGCCUGGGCACUUCUCUUCUGUAGGGCUCUACGUGGACACCGGCUCUCGCUAUGAAACUCCCUCGACAUCUGGCGUCAGUCACUUCUUGGACAGAUUAGCGUUCAAGACGACCACUUCUCGCUCCGAGGAGGAGAUGGCGCACGCAGUCGACAAGUUAGGCGGUCAGAUUCUGUGCUCCUCCUCCCGUGAAUCCAUCAUGUACCAGUCGUCUCAUUUUCACCAGGCAACCCCUCUUGCCGUAUCUCUCAUUGCCGACACUGUCCUAGAUGCUGCAUUCUUGCCAGACGAGAUUGCUGCCCAGCGGGAGGCUGCACGCUAUGAACUUCGUGAAGUAAGUGCAAAGCCUGAAAUGAUACUCCCUGAAAUUCUCCACGAGGUCGCCUACGGCGAGAAGACUCUCGGGAACCCGCUGCUGUGUCCUGAACACCGAAUCGACGUCGUGGACGAGUCUGUGAUGCGAGCAUUCAUGACACAGUGGUAUCGCCCCGAGCGCAUGGUCAUCGCUGGUGCUGGUAUGCAUCAUGAGCAGCUCGUGGAGCUGGCGGACAAAUGCUUUUCAUCACUCAAGCAUAUACCAGAAUCAGCGCCUCAACCUCAAGUCUCCUCCCGGCCGUCGACAAACACGCCGCAAGUGCCCUCCCAGCUUCUUCCUUCCUCCUCGCCCUCACUGUACAAAUCGCUCACCCGUGCGGCAUCCUCAUAUUUGUAUCCAACCGGCGUGAGCCCUGAGCACCUUGUUCCGCCAUUGCCCUCGACUGCGACGUAUACAGGAGGGCAUCGGUUCCUACAUGAUCCAACUUUAGAGUUCAAUCAUGUCUAUCUUUCCUUCGAAGGCGUCGGCAUUCAUGACGAUGACGUCUAUGCAUUGGCCACUAUGCAGGUCCUCUUAGGAGGAGGAGGCAGCUUUUCUGCUGGCGGCCCUGGAAAGGGCAUGUACUCGCGACUGUACACGCAUAUACUCAAUCACUAUCCGCAAAUUGACCACUGCGCGUCCUUCCACCACAUCUACACAGAUUCGUCACUCUUUGGGCUCUUCGCGUCGUUCGUGCCCGCAGCGGGUCGUCAAGGUAACUCGCCUGCACAAAUCUUCCCCCACCUUGUGCACCAGCUCAGCCUCUUGCUGUACACACCUACAAGUCGUGUAGAGCUGAACCGCGCAAAAAAUCAGCUCAAGAGCAGUCUGAUGAUGGCGCUCGAGAGCCGUGCGGUCGAAGUGGAAGACCUCGGCAGACAGGUUCUCGUGCAUAACCGCAAGGUCCCUGUAUCAGAGAUGUGCGAAAAGAUUGACGCAGUCACUCCAGAGUCCCUUCGUGCGGUGGCUGCGCGGAUAUUCAGCCCUGAUACGGCCAAGAAGGCCACUGUGGUAUGUAUGGGCAAGGAAGAUCUUGGAGAUUGGCGUGCCGUCCUGAGGAAAUAUGGCAUAGGGGGAUAUUGA